GAUAUGAUUUGUUGACUAUCAUUGACAUACAUAUGUCGUCCACAUUAUUAUCAAAUUAUUGAAACAAUAGUUUGUUUGACAAUAAUUAAUCAUAAAGUUGUCACUAUUUAUCUGUUUUUGGCGUAUCAUUUGAUUGUGAUUUGUGAUAAUCUUAAAGAGUCAAGUGAUGGGCAAUUGUCUUAAAUCUGUUUCAUCUCACGACGAUAUUUCACUGUUGAGGGAAAACACAUCUAAUACACGGGACUCGACCUCAUCUGAACAGUUGACUUCAUCAUUGGGUCCGCCGCCUACUUAUCUUGAGACAAUAGCCACAAGUUUACCGUCGCAUCCCGUUUACUAUCCGUCGCCAAAUGUUAGCCGAACGGCCACUCAAUUGACAGAAGAGGAACAGAUAAAGAUUGCACAAAGAAUGGGAUUAAUACAGCACUUGCCAACCGGUAUCUAUGAUGGAAGCAAAAAGAAUAGAGAAUGUGUGAUAUGUAUGGGAGAAUUCAUGAUCUCAGAGCCGAUCCGAUUCUUGCCGUGUAUGCAUAUAUAUCAUACGGACUGCAUUGAUGAUUGGCUCAUGAGGUCAUUUACUUGUCCCUCAUGUCUGGAACCAGUAGAUGCGGCUCUACUAUCAACUUAUCAAACGGAUUAAUCAUCUAUUGAUUGAAACAACAGACUAUCCCAUUGUUUUUAUUUUCAACGUUAAUCAUCAUCUAAUUUGACUGAAUAUCUUAUUAAACGACAAUUGUCUUGAGCUACAAACAAGACCACGAUUAUCAUAUUAUGUUAAAUCUAUUGAAAAGAGGGUACUCUUUAUUCAAAUAAUUGUGUAUAAAAACCCGAUAAUUAUUGAGUCAAUACUUAGUGAGCAAUUGAUUGGCAAUUAAGUGUGUGCUCUAGUCUUGGAUAUUGUUUUACCUGAAUAUGGAUAUAUUGGAAGAAAUUUGAACUCAAUUGUCGUUACCUUAGAUUAAAAGUGAUAUUUUAUUAUUACAUACAAUAUAUCCAGAAAGAUAAAAGUGAAAUCAAUUUUAUGACUAAACAAGACUUAUUAAAAACUUGCAAAUUUUGAAAUUGUAUCAAAAAUUUAGCAAAAGAUUAUUAUUAUAAACAAACAAAUUAUAUUUGUAUAAUAAUUAUUAA